AUGCAAUUGCUACGCAGCGAGGAUCCUGCCGCUCAUGUCACCGGCGUGAUAGACGAGCUGAACAAUAUUCUGCCUGAAGCGGCUGGCUUCUUAGCCAAACUACCAAAGCCAACAGACGGAGUCGAGCCGUGUGGAUCUGGGAAACGCCGAAGAAGCGAACAAGAUCGUGAUACGUACGCCGUACUCGGCGAGCGCGAUUUGCUCGGUGGCUUGUUCAAGACAGCAUUCUCGCUCGUAAACUGUGUCAUCAACACGACCAAUAAGGUCAAAGAUGCAGUGGUCGGCGGAACGACUGCCGCCGUGGAUACCGUCAAAGGCCUACAAGACGACCUCAAACCAUUGCUCGAUGCUCUCAACGACGUCGUGCCGGAUGGAGAUUCCGAGCCCUCUGACUCGGCAUCAGAGACUGAAGACCCUACGGAGACUUCCUCCUCUACAUGCACUCUAACGACCAAUUUUCAAGGAGAUGUCUUGAAUGUUCUACAAAAUGGCAGUCCUGAGUUCCCCGAAGGUCUCACAACAUUCACUGGAGCUGGAGGUGACUUUGAAAACAUCCAAGCGAACAAAGUACGUGCGUUUAUCAUCACGCCGUAUCGGGAUCAUGCCGUAAAUCCAGCCAGAGACGAUGUUCAAUUUCCAGCCGAAGUCACUAGGAUCAAGAAUUUGUUGACCAGCAUUCUUGGACGAAGUGACUCACUUACCAUUCCCUACUUUCCGGCUGGGAGAGAUGACGAUAAUAGAGCCCCCAAAGGCAAAAUUUACAUUCAAUAUGACCCCGUGACAGCCGCUCUCGUACCAACAGAAGGCGGUUGCAAUCAGCAGCAAGCUGCGGCGAUAGAGCUUUGGUUUGAGGAUGCUCUUACCUACCGUUACAGAGACGCAUGGCAGCCAUUCCCAAAUCAGGUUGUGCAGGCAAAUAAACGGUCCGUUGCAUCCAGUGGUAAAGACCUGCGCUUGCUCAGGGGAAGAGAGAUGACGGAUGCGGACGAAGUAGAGUGGAAAGAGUACGAGGCUUUGUUGAGACGUCAAGAUGGCGACACUUGUGCUCGACCUAGCAACAGCUUGUCGGUAUCAUCGGUAUCCCCCAUCGCAUCAGCAGCUUCGACUGCGCCUACUCCGUCCACCCUCCAGACAACGGUCAAGCCGUCAUUGAGCGACUCGACCGGCGAAAGCUCAAGCCCACCGCCCUCGUCGAUAGCCACAUCAUCACCAACUUCAAAGUCUUCUUUGGCGACGGAUACCCCGUUUCUUACGUGGAAACCGGCACAGCCUAGUACGACAAAAUCACCAUCAGCAGCGCCCAAGCCAUCUUCUACAUCGCAAUCUCCACCACCACCUCAAACCGAGCCUCCGACAAAGGCAUUAUCGGUGAUCUUCCGGAACACAAAUGGCAAUGGCGAAGACUACAACAACUGGACCUUCUUCGAGAUCAAACCCAACACCCAAGCCGAUGGCUGCAGCGUACCCAUCCUCAACGAUGUCUCGCGGCAAUGGUCCGAGGCCUCAGCCCUGUCAAACCCGCCGUGGCCGCACGGCACUUUCACUAUGCCAAUAUUUGGCGAAGAGGACUGCGAAUACCUGAGUGAUGGGUCCAAUCCGGGUUUACUCCAUUGUCCUAGCAUGGGUCAGGGCAAGACGGUCGGGUGUAAAGAGGCCGAUGAGAAGAACGAUGCUGAUAGUAUCACGGAUUGUCAUUAUCCGGGUGUUGAGAGGAAGGUCCAUGUUGUUGUUUAUUGUGAGUGGUGA